CCGCCCCGCCCGCAACCCACGGCCCCGCGCCCCUGCUCAUCCUAGGCCGACGGCAGCUCGUCGGUUGGCACUUCAGCAAUCGGCAGGCACACGCCCGGGACUUUCCGACCACACGAACAGUGGCACGCCAGCAUUGUCUUCUCCUCAGUUGGUAGCACCCAGUUUGGUGCCAAUGGGCAAGAAGAAGAACAAACCUGAGGGGCCAAUCAAGUCUCUCAAAGAUGCUGAACAAGCAGUUACUUCAGACAACUUUGGAGGAGAUACUCUGGAUGAACUGCUGUCUAAGCUUAUUAGGAGCGUGGAGGUUGCAAAAGCUUUAAGGGGAGGAUUGCCAGAAAAGGUAUGGAUGAAGCAACAAUUUUGUGUCAGGGUCAAUGAUGUGACAAGGGUCCUUGAGAGAAUGCCUGCUGCUGUUGCUUCACAUUGUGGCUGUUCUAGUGAAGGAUCGACCCACAAAGUUUUGUGGAGAGCACCUUUGGUGCCACUUCAGGUUGUCCUUAUAGCUGCUGAUUGCAAUCCCAAAUGGCUAACAAAACACAUACCGACCUUGGCAAGCACAAGGCAAGUUCCUGUAUUGUGCCUCAAGGACAACAAAGGAAGCUCACUGAGGUUAGGUCAAGUGGCGAAUGUUAAAACAGCGCUAGCCAUCGGAAUGCUUCCUUUUCAGUUUGGUGUAGGAGAUGAUGAUAUGCCUAGAACUUCUUCUGUAAUGCCAGCAGUCUGCCGCACCGGCGCAGGGGUUGAGGCCUCUGACUCUGAAUCAGAGUUGAAGGAAUCAUUUGUAUGCCAAAGGAGCUAUAACAUAAUGUCUCUGCAAAGUUGUUCGCUCAAGUACUGCAAGUGA